GAGAGAUUCUACAGAACUCAUCACUCCUCGUUCACUGAAAGAGAAACCCGGAGAGCGUGAGAGACGCCAUUCGGAGAGAGGGAGAGAGGAGACGCACCGUGCACGCUGCACUGGCUUAUCUCACAAUGAAACACUGCCGCGGUGACGCUUUACAAAAAUAAAAGGACAUUCAACCUCUGCCGGAAUACCCAAUUCACAGCGGAAAACUGGGAAAGCACUCUCAGAUGGAAAUAAUUCAGACGGACUAAGGAACCAAAGUACCUGCAUGACGCUGUGCACACACAAUGACAAGCCUUUACUUCUCAAGCUUUUCCAGCAAUUCCAGCACGGUCAACACCACAGAGCCCAGCCCUCUGCCAGCAAACCACAGCCAGACAUGCGAGCUGGACGAAUCAACGCUGAGAAUCCCGCUGGCCUUCUUCUAUUCCGUGUUCUUUGCGCUCGGGUUGGUGGGGAACGCGCUUGCUCUCUGGGUCUUCCUGUUCGUCCACUCGAAGAAGAACUCCGUGCGCGUCUUCCUCAUCAACAUCGCCGUGGCCGACCUCAUCCUCAUCGUCUGCCUGCCGUUCCGGGUGUUUUACCAUAGCAAACACAACCAGUGGAUGCUGGGCCCCACCUUCUGCAAGGUGGUGGGCAACGUCUUCUACAUGAACAUGUAUGUCAGCAUCACCCUGCUGGGCCUCAUCAGCGUGGACCGCUAUGUGAAGAUCCAACGGGGCGCCAGACGGUACAGGAUCCAGAACAGCAGGUGGAGCAUCCUGGCCUGCUGUGUGAUCUGGGCCCUCUCCAUCACAGCCACUAUCCCGAUGAUCGCCCUCUCCGAGGGCAACGAGGAACCCGGCAAGUGUUUUCAGUACAAACAGAGAAAGGGGGCCAAGGGAAAGGCCUACUUCAACUUCUUCAUGGUGGCUGUCUUCUGGCUGGUGUUCUUCUGCCUCGUCAUCUCCUAUGGCAAGAUUGCCCUGAGCCUGCUGUCAACGUCCAGGGAAAAGCCGGACCUUCCCAACGCGCAGAAGUACAGCAGGACGGCAAAGAAGUCCUUCUUCGUCCUCUUCAUCUUCACCGUCUGCUUUGUCCCUUACCACGCCUUCCGCAUCAUCUACGUCUACUCCCAGAUCAGCGACACGUCCUGCUACUGGAUGAGAGUGGUGGAUAAGACCAACGAGGUGGUCCUGCUCUUCUCCACUUUCAACAGCUGCCUGGACCCGGUCAUGUACUUCCUGUUGUCCGGAUCCAUCCGGAAGGCCACCCUACGGAUCAUCGGCAAUGUGUUCCAACUGCAGGACAGCACCACCAACAGCUCCACGGCUGACUUUCGCAGGACCUCUCUGUCUCAGGCCACCUCCACCCCCAGGGCCAGCAUCAGCCUGAUCACCACCCUACGCUGCCAGCCUGACUCCCACUCUGGACUUAUGCAGUUAGGAACACAGUGACCAACUCAGACCACUUCCUUUCCAAUAUACCUCAAAGACUACAGUGAUCAGAGACACUGUUCAUGGUCAUAUGCAGUUUUGUUUGGCCACACUUCUAUGGAAAUAUAUAAACCCAUGGAUCACUUGGCACAGACUCUU